UCAUCUAGUUGCAUGAUAGGAUGUAUGACAAAUUACCAUCAUGCUUGGGUUUCAUUUUAUGCUGUUUUAAGGAAGAGAUGAACAGGCUUCUUUGAAGAAAACAGAAGAUCUCAAUAUGACUUCAGAGACCACUUAUGCUGAACUGAAGUUUAAAAAUGAACCCCAGUCCUCAGGAACCAAAUCAGAGCCUCCUGCAGCUCCCCAAAAGAAGACCAACCCUCACAAAAGUGACUCUAGUUUUCCCAAGCAACUUCUUGCCUCUUUGGUGAUACUUCUGCUACUACUAUUGGCAAUCUCAUUUUUGAUUGCUUUUAUCUUUUUUUUUCAGAAAUGUUCUCAUAUUCAUAAAGAAAAAAAGACUACAAGUGAAGUCACUCACACAGUAUUGGAAUGUAUGAAAGAAAAUUCAACCACGGAAGGGAAAGACUGGAGCUGCUGCCCAAAGAAUUGGAAGUCAUUUAGUUCAAACUGCUACUUUAUUUCUACUGAAGACAAUAGCUGGAAUGAGAGUGAGAAGAAAUGCUCAAGAAUGAAGGCUCACCUGCUGGUGAUCAACACCCAGGAUGAGCAGGAUUUUAUCAUCCAGGAGCUGACAGAAAAUAGUAUUUACUAUGUGGGGCUGUCAGACCCAGAGGGGAAAAGACAUUGGCAAUGGGUUGAUCAGACACCAUACAAUGAAAGUGCCACAUUCUGGCACAGAGGUGAACCCAAUAAUCCUAAUGAGCGUUGCGUUGUGCUAAAUGCUCCUUCAAGAGCAUGGGGCUGGAAUGAUGUUCUUUGUCAUCAGCCUCAGAAGUCUAUUUGCAAGAUGAUGAAGAUCUACUUAUGAAUGGAACCUUCUCCAUGACCGUGAUAUUGAAUUGGUAUCCACCAUCAUAGAUAGCUAAUAUGUUCUUGUUAUUCAUGUGUAAGUCUUUUAUAAGGGAUCUUCAUAGAAUUUUUCAGUAGGCUGUCACCUAUUACAUUUAUGAUAG